AUGGACUUUACAUUCCACAACGGGACGAAUGGCUCCUCGCCCUGGGUCGAAUUCUACCCCUACACCCCCUCCGACACAGCCGGAUACGCAUUUAUGGCCAUCUUCGGCAUCGCAACUGUCGUACACAUCAUCCUCAUGUUCCCUUAUCACGCAGCCUACUUCAUCCCACUCAUUCUAGGCGGAAUCUGCGAAACCGGCGGCUAUUAUGGCCGAGCAUGGUCCCACCAAAGCAGAACCGCAAUCGGCUCCUGGGCUCUGCAGGAGAUGCUCAUCCUCUGCGCACCCCCCUUCGUCGCCGCGACCAUCUACAUGGUCCUCGGGCGGAUCAUCCGCGCCUUCAACGCAGAGCACCACUCCAGCAUCCGCACAAAGUGGCUAACAACUAUUUUUGUCCUCAACGACGUCAUCUGCUUCCUGACGCAGAUUGCUGGUGCAGGGGUUCAGGUUACCGGCGAUGCGGAUGUCAUGGAGGUUGGCAAGAAGGUCGUUCUGGUGGGGUUGGUCUUUGCGCUGGUGGUGUUUGGGGUGUUUGUCUGGGUGGCGGGUGCUUUUCAUCGGAGGCUCGAUGCGGAGCCGACGGCUGUGGUGAGGGAGUGUCCGCGGUUGGGGUGGAAGAAGUACAUGUGGGCGAUUUAUAUCUCGUGUGGGAUGUUGAUGCUGAGGAACUUAGUGAGGACGAUUCAGUUUGGGUCGGACAAGGGGUCGCCUUUGAACUCGGAGGAGGUGUAUAUAUAUGUUUUUGAUGCGGCGUUGAUGGCCUGUUCCAUUGGGGUAUUGGUUGUUUGGCAUCCGGGGAGAUUGGUGCGGAGGGCUCAGAAGGCGACUAAAGCGAGUCAGAUGUGUGGGCAGAUGGAGGAUGCAGCUGAUAUUCCGUUGACGGGAUAUAGAGAGGUCUAG